AGAAGAUAGUUCUAAAUUUUCAGAGCUCCAAACAAUGGCAGAGGAAAUCUCCUUCAUGGAAAUCGACGAUGACCAGAACAACACCAACACCGCCGCUAUUGUCACCACCACGGUGAAAAACAAGGGCAAGAACGUUAUCGUCUCCACUGGCACUGGCCCAAAAGCCACACCUUGGGUCGAAAAGUACCGCCCUCAAUCCCUUGCUGACGUCGCCGCUCAUCGCGAUAUAGUUGACACCAUCGACAAGCUUGCUAGUACUAAUAGAUUACCACAUUUGCUGCUUUAUGGGCCACCUGGGACUGGAAAGACAUCAACUGUUCUGGCCCUGGCUCGGAAGCUUUAUGGGUCACAAAUGCAUAAUAUGGUUUUGGAGCUUAAUGCAUCGGAUGAUCGAGGGAUUGAUGUGGUGAGGCAACAGAUUCAGGACUUUGCUAGCACUCAAAGCAUCUCUUUUGGUGUGAAGUUUUCUGUGAAAUUGGUGCUGUUGGAUGAGGCUGAUGCCAUGACAAAAGAUGCGCAAUUUGCUCUUCGUCGAGUGAUUGAGAAAUAUACCAAAAACACCAGAUUUGCCUUAAUCUGUAAUCACGUCAACAAGAUUAUUCCAGCAGUUCAAUCGAGAUGUACACGAUUCCGCUUUGCUCCACUUGAAACUUAUCAUGUCAGUGAGCGGCUUAACCAUGUUAUUAAGGCUGAAGGGCUUGAUGUAACUGACAGUGGCCUGAAGGCUCUUGUACGGCUUUGCAAUGGAGAUAUGAGAAAGGCUUUGAAUAUUUUGCAGUCAACGCAUAUGGCUUCCCAGCAAAUAACUGAAGAAGCUGUGUACUUAUGCACUGGGAAUCCGUUGCCUAGAGAUAUCGAGCAGAUUUCACACUGGCUCCUGAAUGAGCCAUUUGCAGUUAGCUGGAGGAAAAUUUCUGAGAUCAAGACGAGAAAGGGCUUGGCCCUUGUGGAUAUUAUAAGAGAAGUAACCAUGUUUGUUUUUAGGAUCAGGUUGCCAUCGGAUGUUCGAGUUCAGCUGAUAAAUCAAAUGGCUGACAUUGAGUACAGGUUGAGCUUUGGCUGUAAUGAUAAACUGCAGCUUGGAUCACUUAUAUCUGCUUUUGCUCAAGCACGAUCUGCUGUGGUUGCCGCUGCAAAAUAGAUAUCUUGUGCAUCACACCCUCCAAUUCUGCAUCCAAGUGAGGCUAAACCUCAACUGCUUCUUGUGAUUUUGUUGCAUAGGCGCUGAAUGCAAUGAACAUGUAUAGUCAGGGAUAUAUAGUUAAGCUUCCUCCUUGGAUAUUUGCAAUGAAGGAAAUUUUCAUCUCAUAGAAUGUCUUUCAGGUGCUACAAUUGCUCGUCUGGUUCUCGUGUAUCUGUAAUGCAAGUACGUGAAUUAUGCUUUUCUUAGACCAUGCAAUCCAGAACCAUUUAGUGGUGCAUUCAACGUCUCUUAUACUGAUUCCAGCACAAUUUUAAUGGGGAAUGGAUGACGAUGCCUUGAAUACCAA